AAACCUCGGCACACCACCCACCGUAACCGAUCGUCAUGACAUCCAUCCAUCAAGCCCUCGUUUUGGCGAAGCGGAUCGCAGUCGCAGCUUCUUCCAAUCCGAUCCGCGCGCGCCUAUAAAUUUCUCGGCGCACCGCACACGCCAGCCCCGGAACCGGCAACUCGUUUGUAUCGAGCGAGUCAGAGACUCAUCAGAGGAGCGAUGGCCCCGAGCGCGUCGAUGCUGUUCCUGAGCUACCACCAGCUCCACAGCCACAGGCCGACGGAGGCGGGGGCGGGGGCGUCGCCGCCGCGCAGGGAGGAGGCUGCAGUUGGCGGCGGCUUCCGGAUGAGCGUGCGCAGCGUGCUCUCACUCCCUUUGUUCCAGCGGCGGCCGGAGGAGGCGGCGGUGCCGGCGGAGGGGAAGACGGCGACACUGCACGAGCGCGACGCCCGCGAGGAGGUCAAGUCGUCGGCGACGGCGGCCGCCGACGCUGAUAAGGAGCUGGAACGCAAGUUCGAGGAGGCGCUGCGCCUCAGCUGCUGGUCUUCGUGAACAUCCAUCCAUCUCUGGAGGAACGGAGAGACGCGUGCGCGCGUGCCGCCGGAUCGGAGCGACAUCCUUUACUCUUUGUGUUUUGUCUCUGUUGAUAUGUGCAAAUCUUUUCACUGGAUAGCUACCGUUGUCGUGAUGAAGCAAGUAACGGACUUAUGCUAGUAGUAUAUGUAGAUAAAUUAAGAUUCUCUCUUGUUUGACAGACGCAACAGUUUAGGCUGUAUAAGUCAUGAUGAUGAACCAAGUUGGCACGACAAAGUGUUGGAUUCAGAUUGUGCCAAGACAAUUACCCUGCAUGUAUAAGUUUAUGAUGACUGGAAUCAUAAUCAACACAACAAUUAACCCUUGCAUUA